CACUAAUCUAUGUCAGUCCGGCAGAGCCCCAGUGAGAAAGCAACGCUGCGGGUCUAAAACCGACGCUGCGAAAUCUCGGACGAUGGCGAGCCGCGGCCACACGGCUCGUAUCUAACCUGCGUGUUGUGUAGAGCAGCCUGGAGGACGCUGAAUCCCGAACUGAAGGAAUGUGCCAUUUCACUGACACGGUCUAGUAAAGUAACAUUAGGAGGUCAGCUCAGAUGGUGAACGCUCCGCUGCGAAGUUUACGCACUGAAUUUGCAAUUACUCGCCGUAAUGAAGGUUUUUACUUGAAUGAAUGGCGCCACCGCAGCAGCUAACAGGUUCCGUAUAGAAGGAAUUUGGAGAACUAGUGAAUGUGAAAUUAUAGUCGCAUCUCGGAAGGUUUUGUCCAGAUAAAGCAUUUUGGAGACGGGUUUUUUUUUUUUGGAUGUGAGUCUAGCGCAUCAGUUAAAACCCAGAAGACAGCAGCGGUGCUGGAGGGAUCAGGAUGUCCGGGAGAUCCAGUUUAAACACAGAGAAACAUGUGAAGACCCUUGCGGAGAUUUGACCUGCAAGUUAGCCUUCAACAACAAAAAGGCGAAGGUCUCCUCCCUUCUUCCCCUCAUCCAUUCUAUCUGCUUCCUCUGCACCUUCCUCGCAGGCCCUUUAAACAUGGAGGGCCGGCGGGCUUCACGCAGGACUUUAUCACCUGACCCUAAAGUAGGAGCUUUAGCUACUCUGCUGGGCUUUUGGCUCUUAGUGACCCCUGUCCUGUGCAGCGGGCAGACAUUUACUACUUUCCACCCUGAACGUCGGGACUGGGUCUUCAACCACCUGACGGUUCACCAGACCACAGGGGCAUUGUAUAUUGGAGCAGUCAAUCGUGUGUACAAGCUUUCAGGCAACCUGACCCUCCUGGUUUCCCAUGAUACAGGCCCAGAGGAUGACAACAAGGCCUGCUACCCUCCUCUGAUCGUUCAGCCCUGUUCUGAGCCCCUUGUCUCGACCAACAAUGUCAACAAGCUUCUCCUCAUUGAUUAUUCCCAAAACCGGUUGCUGGCCUGUGGCAGCCUCUACCAAGGCGUCUGUAAACUCCUCAGACUGGAUGACCUCUUUAUAUUAGUGGAGCCCUCCCACAAGAAAGAGCACUACCUCUCCAGUGUCAACCAGACUGGGACCAUGUACGGGGUCAUUGUGCCUUCACAGGGCCAGGAUGGCACCCUGUUUAUUGGCACAGCAGUAGAUGGAAAACAGGACUACUUUCCCACCAUUUCCAGUCGAAAACUGCCCCGUGACCCAGAAUCCUCUGCAAUGCUUGACUAUGAAUUGCACACAGACUUUGUGUCCUCCCUUAUUAAGAUACCAUCAGACACGCUGGCACUGGUCUCCCACUUUGACAUCUAUUAUGUUUACGGCUUUGCCAGUGGCAGCUUUGUUUACUUCCUGACUGUGCAGCCCGAGACGCCAGAGAACAGCAUGUCAUCGAGCGGAUCCACCAGCGACCUCUUCUACACAUCUCGGAUUGUCCGCCUCUGCAAAGAUGAUCGCAAGUUUCACUCCUAUGUCUCUCUGCCUGUCGGCUGUGUGAAGAACGGCAUUGAGUACCGGCUGCUGCAGGCCGCCUACCUCGGCAAGCCCGGUCGCGUUCUCGCCACCUCGCUCAAUAUCAGCGCCCAAGAUGACGUGCUCUUCACCAUCUUCUCCAAGGGCCAGAAGCAGUUCCACCGCCCGCCGGACGACUCUGCGCUCUGCGUGUUCACCAUCCGAGACAUCAAUGCACGAAUCAAGGAGCGCCUGCAGUCCUGCUACCAGGGAGAAGGAAACCUGGAGCUCAACUGGCUGCUUGGCAAGGAUGUGCAGUGCACCAAAGCGCCGGUGCCCAUUGACGACUCUUUCUGUGGUCUGGAUAUCAACCAGCCCCUUGGUGGGUCUCAGCUGGUCACCGGUCACACUCUCUACACUGAGACUCGGGACCGCAUGACUUCUGUCACCUCCUACGUCUACAACGGCUACUGUGUAGCCUUUGUGGGCACAAAGAGUGGACGCCUAAAGAAGAUUCGUGUCGAUGGGCCUCCUCACGGCGGUGUCCAGUAUGAGACCAUAUCGGUCAUCAAGGACGGCAGCCCCGUCCUGCGAGACAUGGCCUUCUCCCUCGACCGCAACUACCUCUACGUCAUGUCUGAGAGACAGGUUACCCAAGUUCCCAUCGAGUCAUGUGAGCAGUACGGGACCUGUGGAGAGUGUUUGAGCUCCGGGGACCCACACUGCGGCUGGUGUGUCCUGCACAAUAUCUGCUCUCAGAGGAAUCGGUGUGAGCGUGCAGAUGAGCCGUACCGCUUCGCCGCCUCUCUCAACCAAUGUGUGAAGGCCAAUGUGUACCCAGACAGCAUUGCAGUGUCAGAGCCCAGUGUACCUCUGCUGGUGAAGGUGAGCCAUGUUCCAGACCUUUCUGCAGGCAUCACCUGCUCUUUUGGCAACCUGACGGAGGUGGAGGGGCAGGUCAAUGGCAACCAGAUACUCUGUGUGUCUCCUGCUGCCAAAGAUGUCCCUCUCAUCCCCACAGACCAAGAUUGGUCUGGGGUUGAGCUGAGGCUCAAUUCUAAGGAGACAGGUCAGAUGCUUAUCAGCACAGAGGUCAAGUUUUACAACUGCAGUGUCCACCAACUGUGUCUGUCAUGUGUGAACAGUGCCUUCCGCUGCCACUGGUGCAAGUACCGCAACUUGUGUACCCAUGACCCCUCCAGCUGCUCCUUCCAGGAGGGACGAGUCAACGCCUCUGAGAACUGUCCCCAGCUGGUGCGCUCUGAGGAGAUUCUGAUCCCAGCGGGUGAGGUGAAGCCUAUCACCCUGAAGGCCAAAAACCUGCCCCAGCCCCAGUCUGGCCAGCGAGGCUACGAGUGUGUCCUCCACAUCCAGGGGGUCAGCCACAGAGUCACUGCCCUCCGCUUCAACAGCUCCAGCGUGCAGUGCCAGAACAGCUCGUAUUUGUACGAGGGAAUGAAAAUCAGUGAGCUGCCUGUGGAUUUCUCGGUGGUGUGGAACGGCAACUUCAUUAUUGAUAACCCGGAGAAUAUCCAAGUGCACCUGUACAAGUGCGCAGCGCAGCGAGACAGCUGUGGCACGUGUCUGAAGGCGGAGAGGAAGUUCCAGUGCGGCUGGUGCAGUGGAGAAGGAAGGUGUACCCUGCGGCACCACUGCCCUCCCAUCAAUCCUUACACCACCCGCUGGCUAAACCUGUCCAGUAAGAAUGUCAAGUGCACCAACCCACGCAUCACCGAGGUGACCCCAGUGGCUGGACCCCCAGAGGGAGGCACACGGGUAACCAUCCACGGCACCAACCUGGGUCUGGCCUUCUCGGACAUGGUUGGAAAUGUGGAGGUGGCGGGGGUGAGGUGUACCCCUGUAGAGGACGGCUACAUCAUCGCUGAACAGAUUGUGUGUGAGAUGGAUGCAACUCCGGCAGACAGCAGACCAGGUCCAGUCCAGCUGUGCGUUGGAGAGUGCAGACCAGAACUCAGGGCUCGCUCCUCGCAGCUCUACUCCUUUGUGACUCCCACAGUAACAGGUCUGUCCCCUAGCAGAGGUCCAGAGUCUGGGGGCACAAAAGUAACCAUAAUGGGUGAAAACCUCGGCGCCGGCAGCAGCGUCAACGUUCAGUUUGGAAACCAAACCUGCGAGUUCUUUGGACGUACCAUGACGGAGAUAGUGUGCUACUCCGCCCCUUCCCUGUCUGGCGUCGGCCAAGUGCAGAUCAGCGUGAGCGUGGACCACGCUCAAAUCAGGGAGAGCCUCACCUUCGAGUACAUAGAAGACCCCACCGUCCAGCGCAUUGAACCAGACUGGAGCAUUGCAAGUGGCCACACCCCCCUGAUGGUGACAGGGACCAAUCUGGACGUGGUUCAGGAGCCCAGGAUCCGAGUCAAAUACGCUGGCCGAGAGUCUGUCAAUGUGUGUAAAGUAUUAAACACCACCACUAUGAGCUGCUUCGCUCCCUCCCUGAUGGCAGAGUACAAUCCAGGUUUGGACACAGUGAAGCACGCAGACGAGUUUGGCUUCAUCUUCAACAACGUCCAGGCGCUGCUGGUCUACAACAACACCAACCUCCUCUACUACCCAAACCCUUACUUUGAGCCCCUCAGCACGACUGGAAUCCUGGAGCAAAAACCUGGCUCACCCAUCAUUCUAAAGGGCAGAAACCUGGUUCCCCCAGCGUCAGGAGGGGUGAAGCUUAACUACACCGUACUGAUUGGGGAGACUCCCUGCUCCGUCACUGUGUCUGAGAGCCAGCUGCUGUGUGAGCCUCCAAACCUCACCGGACAAUACAAAGUCAUGGUUCAGGUUGGCGGUCUUCACGUCUCUCCAGGUGCGGUCCACAUCAUGUCCGACAGCCUGCUGACCCUUCCCGCCAUCGUCAGCAUCGCUGCUGGCGGAGGCCUCCUCCUCAUCAUCGUCAUCCUCGUCCUCAUCGCCUACAAGCGAAAGUCACGUGAAAAUGACCUCACCCUGAAACGCUUGCAGAUGCAAAUGGACAACCUGGAGUCACGAGUUGCCCUCGAGUGCAAAGAAGCCUUUGCCGAGCUGCAGACGGACAUCAAUGAGCUGACCAGUGACCUGGACAGAGCUGGUAUCCCCCAUCUGGACUACAGGACAUAUGCUAUGAGGGUCCUCUUCCCCGGCAUAGAGGAUCAUCCUGUCCUCAGAGAACUGGAGGUGUCAGGGAACGGCCAGCAGAACGUAGAGAAGGCCCUGAAGCUGUUUGGCCAGCUCAUCAACAACAAGGUGUUCCUGCUCACCUUCAUCCGAACACUGGAAAUGCAGCGUUCUUUCUCCAUGAGGGACCGCGGCAACGUGGCCUCACUUAUCAUGACUGCCCUGCAGGGGCGACUGGAGUAUGCUACCGACGUCCUUAAACACCUGCUGUCGGACCUCAUCGACCGCAACCUGGAGAGCAAGAACCAUCCAAAACUGCUGCUGCGAAGAACAGAGUCGGUUGCAGAGAAGAUGCUUACAAACUGGUUCGCCUUUCUCCUUCACAAAUUCCUCAAGGAGUGUGCUGGGGAGCCUCUGUUCAUGCUGUACUGCGCAAUCAAGCAGCAGAUGGAAAAGGGGCCCAUCGACGCCAUCACUGGAGAGGCCCGCUACUCCCUUAGUGAAGACAAGCUCAUCCGCCAGCAGAUCGAAUACAAAACCCUGAUCCUAAACUGUGUGAACCCGGACAAUGAGAACAGUCCAGAGAUUCCAGUUAAGGUGCUGAACUGUGACACCAUCACCCAAGUGAAGGAGAAGAUUCUGGACGCUGUCUACAAGAACAUGCCCUAUUCUCAGCGUCCACGUGCUGUCGACAUGGACCUCGAGUGGCGACAGGGGCGAUUGGCUCGUGUGGUGUUGCAGGAUGAAGACAUCACCACCAAGAUAGAAAAUGACUGGAAGAGACUCAACACUCUUGUGCACUAUCAGGUGUCAGACCGCUGCGUUGUGGCUUUGGUGCCCAAACAGACCUCAUCAUACAACAUCCCUUCCUCAGCCAGCAUAUCCCGCACCUCCAUCAGCAGAUAUGACUCUUCAUUCCGCUACACGGGCAGUCCCGACAGCCUCCGUUCACGUGCUCCCAUGAUCACUCCUGAUCUAGAAAGUGGUGUGAAGGUGUGGCACCUGGUGAAGAACCACGAACACGGAGACCAGAAGGAAGGAGACCGCGGUAGCAAGAUGGUCUCAGAGAUUUAUCUGACCAGGCUGCUAGCUACUAAGGGUACCCUCCAAAAAUUUGUAGAUGAUCUAUUUGAGACGUUGUUCAGCACAGUUCACCGGGGGAGCACUCUUCCCCUCGCCAUCAAAUACAUGUUUGACUUCCUGGAUGAGCAGGCAGACAAGCAUGGCAUCCACGACACGGACGUACGUCACACGUGGAAAAGCAACUGCCUUCCACUGCGUUUCUGGGUGAACGUGAUCAAAAACCCCCAGUUCGUGUUUGACAUCCAUAAGAGCAGCAUCACGGACGCCUGUCUGUCUGUAGUAGCUCAGACCUUUAUGGAUUCAUGCUCAACUUCGGAGCACCGCCUGGGAAAAGACUCCCCAUCCAAUAAGCUGCUCUACGCUAAAGAUAUCCCCAAUUACAAGAGCUGGGUAGAGAGGUACUACGCUGACAUCAACCGGCUGCCAGCCAUUAGUGACCAGGACAUGAAUGCCUAUUUGGCAGAACAGGCCAGACUCCACUCCACAGAGUUUAACAUGCUCAGCGCUCUCAAUGAGAUCUACUCUUAUGUCAGCAAGUACAGUGAGGAGAUCACGGCGGCCCUGGAGCAGGAUGAACAGGCGAGGAAGCAGAGGUUGGCCUACAAGGUGGAGCAGCUCAUCUCUGCCAUGUCCCUCGAGAGCUGAGAGUGACCGCCACUCAAAGAGAGAGUGACCGAGAGGGACAGGACCACAGUCUCUACAGGACCUCCCAAAAAGGUUCCACAUUAUUUACCUCUCUUCGUGGGAGCGACGACCACGAACCAGACCUGGGACCUCUCUGCAUCCACAGUCGGACAGACAUACAACUGCUUUAGUUGGUUAAUUCUCUCACCUCCUUCCAUGAUUGCACCAGCUAAGGGCCCACGGACAGACUGAGAUAGAGGCCCUGCAGCUGGAGCUGAUAAUGGCAUAAGGAAGGAACAUCAGUAGAGAAGGCAACAACAUGGCUUGUAUUUAUUUAUUUUUUGUUUCUUUAUUUUUCUCAAAGGAUAUUUUCUCUCAGUUUGACAGGAAAUUGUAUGUUGUGUGGGUGUGUGUGUGUGUGUAUGCAUGAGUGUGUGUUUGUGCCGUACUGAGUUGGACUCCUGCAAGACCACGAGAGCAAAUGGAGGAACAGAUUUAUUCUCCACUCAGUCCGAAACUCACAUCUGAGUGUGCAAAUGGAGACAAAAAAAAGGCGAGAAGCAGAGGAGCAGAUCUCAUGUUGGACAGCUGAGUUUGCAUUCAGAUUUCCUCAGAUUUUAUUUUUGUACUUGUACAUUUGAAUAUUAUCAGUUGCAGUUGAAAUAUUCACCCAGGAUCCCAUAAGUGUUGUAUAAAGACUAAAGAGUGUUACACUACAUCAGGGUAGUGAAACAGGCCAUGGUCCAUGUCUUCUCUCACUCCCUCCCUCCUCGGAGUGAUGCUUCACAUGACACGGAAAAAACCUCUUUAUCCAAUCAGAAGUGUACAGGAAAACAAGAAACGUGUGCUCAUCAUCUUAAGAGUCAAUGGAACUGUGCUCGUGGUGGUCACGGUUCAGCCAGCAUGCUUGCACCUAAACUAAAGAUGACGGAGAUGAAGUCGUGUAUUUAGGAGAUUACCUUAAAUCAGCAUCACUCUGGUGUCCAAGGCUUUUUUUCAGCAGUUAGGUCAUCUGUGUAUGUACCGGUUGAUACUUGCCAAUCAGUGUAUGUGAAUGUACAAAUGUUUUUUAAUUUGUUUGUUUGUUUGUAUGUCUAUUUGAGUUUUGCAAACAGAAAGGGGCUCAGUUGAACUGAGCUCUAUAGAUAUUUGCAGUAGCUCAUCAAGUGAACAACUCCAUUUGUCCGACCUGGCCCCAGCCCAUGCAACUGCUUCCCAAACAUUAUUUACCCUAAACCACUUUUCUACUAGAGGAGAGUGUGUGUCUGCAUUGUGGCCGUCACUGCUGUGACUCAGCUGCUCAUACAGUAUGUGCAGCAGAGCUAGCAGUAAGUAGAGACCAGUCAAGAGCAAUUGGUCUCUGCAGGCUAAAACUCUCCAUUAUAUAACCACAGUUUGUAUCUCUUUGGGAACUUGAUCAGCUUUAUGUGUACUUUGCAUGCCUGCUACCACACAUCUGAAGUGUUCUAAAGGUCCAUCUUUGAUUUUAUCAAGUGCCAAUGAGUCAUGCCAGCGCUAGUUGGCCAUUUUGAGAUGUUAGCUGAUGGGAGAACUUAACCCGACCACCAUCCAUGUCCUCGCACAGACAAUAAGAAGCCGAGCUGCGUGGGUUUUGUUUGAACAAGUGCCAAAAGAUCCUGUUGUUCCAAUUUGUUCACUAAUGUGUCAAGAAUCGGUUUAUGCUUUACAGAGGGAGCAAAGCUCUCACAUCGGAGUGUAGAGCCGGUUAAAGCUGAAGCUUAUUUUACUGGAAUGGUGAGUUUUAAAACUCAUUAAAGGUACGAAAUAGAGGCAGGAGAAAAGAGAUCUGGGAAUGAGGAUCAAAUCAUAAAAAACACACAUAGACAUAAAAAAAAAACUGUUCUCAUGAACGGUUUGUUGUUAUUCAUACAAAAAGUAAUGCACUGACAUUUGUAGCUUUCCCACAAAAUUGUGCCCAUUGACAUGCUGUGAGGUCUGUGUUGGCAGGGCUGUGAGGACAUAUGAUGGGCCGCACCCCCGGUGCCCCAACACCAGUACCAGGGGGGACUCCAGGUCUUUUGCAGUGCCACUUUUCAUGUAAUAUAAAACCUGUAUUAGGGCACAGGGCAGUGGACACAAUCCUGAAAUUGUGCCCAAAUGUUUUCUAAGCCAGUUUUCAAUGCUGCAUUUAUUUCUGAUAGGAUUUUUUGAUUUCCCAUUGCCCCACCUGACUGGUUCUUGUUCUUCCCUGUGCCACGUUGUUAAAAAAAUCCUGGAAUCACCCCUGCACAUUGGUCCCUAUAAGGCUGGUAGGUCAAACAAACAGCCAAGACACCGGUUUUUGUGUCCUGUUGGAAACUUCCUUAUGUAGAUCGGCGACAGUCAUGUUCUACGUUACUAACAUAGUAGUUAUUGGAACCCUUACUCUGUUCUUUUUUCUAACCUUAACCAAGUAGCUUUGGUGCCUAAACCUAACCAAGUAGUUGUGUCACAACGUUAACCAUGAGGGUAAAACAGCGACCGUUGAAUAGAACGGUCACAUUCCAUAGGAUUUCAUACAAAACCUACUGCAUCUGUUUUUGUAAGAAAUCAUACAAACCCGUUCAUGAGAAUACAUUAAAAAAAACGAGCAUGUUUCAUGUUAUGUGGAUGCGUCUCCUGACUUAAACCAAAACGUCACAAGUUAAAAGGCCGAUGUAACCUUCCAACCUUCUAGCUAAAUGACAGCAAACUGUAGAUUCCAUCCUCUGAAACAGUAACUUCAUUUUCUUCCGGGGUAUGUGUUUGCUUGUUGUUUACAUCAAGUACUUGAAAAUAGAUAGUUUUAAAGGUUUGCACAGUAAACUGCAAUCGUGUGUGUUGAGAGCAUGACAAACACCAGUAGUGGGUGAAAGGUGCUUCUUUUCUCUGUGGCCUUAGAUACCCACCUGCUUAGUGUUCCUGAUCUUAUUAGUCCUCGACUCGGGCACAGUCCUUUCAGUGCUUCGGAGCCCAAUAGUUUUUCAGUGAUACCCAGCACUGGCGCUCUGCUGAGAACUGUCCUAGUGAGAUAAAGUAAAAGGAAAGGUGAAGAGGGUACGGCUGGGCUCAGGCAGACAUUGCCUCGCUCAGCACUCGGCUCGCCUGAGCUGUUUGAAGAGAAGUGUUGAGAAAUGAGGAAAGAGGGAGAGGUAGAAAGAGAGAGAACCCCUUUAGCUCUAGUUUCCUGCUCUGGCUUUGAAGCUGCUCUUUGAUCUGAGUCAGUUGUGUGCACAGUGUGAUCAGGAGAUGGAAAGAAGAAAAAAUAAAAAAACAUCAAACUAACAGGCAAGGAGAAAUGUAGGAUGAGGUGAUGAUUGACACACUAUUACUUUGUCCGGCCAGUGGGGGCAGAAGUGGGCAAGAGGAGAAGUAAUUUGUUUCCCUCAUCUAAAAAAGCUCCUUCUUGCUUCCUAACCCCCAAAUAAACAUCUAUAGGUACACAAUGGUGCACAUAUACAGUACAUACACAAAACAUAAAGCUUCUUCCUUUUGAUUAAGGUGUCUUCCCAAUUUCAGCAAAUAGAAUUGUAUCCUCCUCAUACCUCACAUUGCUUGUAUGGAGUAAUGCUUUUUAUCAUUUUAACAGGACCUAAAUGCCUUUUCCUUUUUGCAAGGGAUGAUGUAUGUUUAUUAGUCUUUCUAAUUCUUAGAUGAGCUCCCCUGUAUUCAGAAUUGUGACGAACGUAAUCAGAGGCACGCAAAUUGGUUGAGAGUGGCUUUGAUUUUUCUCUCAGAGAUCAUUUAUAUCAGGAUGUUUCCUUUUGUCUUGUGUGAGAUUUUUGCAUGCAUUUUAAUUCAUGCUUUAGUUCUGCCUGGUAUUCCAUAUCGAUCCAUGCCGUCAUUAGUCUUACUGCCAUUCUUCCUGAAAGCCCAUCUGUACACGUCUUACAUCACAGCUGAAUGCACCUUUUUUGUGAAAGAGAUUUUUUUUCUAGAUAUAGCUUGUUUCCAUGCUGUAUACUCAUUACUGGGAACAUUUUAAUUCAGUUUGAACUGAGAAAAGUUUGUUUACUCUUUCUGCAGCGCAGAAUCCCAUUUGACUGCCAGUUGUGUGAGAUAUGGAUAGAUGCUCAUAAACACAACCUCAUUUCAGCUCAAGCUGAUUGCUCAUUGAAGAUGCUUUGUGCACUUUUUUGCUCUCGGUGUUGCCGAAGAGAUGAGGAGAUGUUGUAGUUGUAACUGGCACGUGUCAUUCCUUAUACAAAGCAUUUAAACAGCAUUUUAGUUUAUUUAUGGCAUCAGACAGAGGAAUUGAAAUCCCGAUCAAUGUAUUACUCUCAAGUCAGAAUAUCACAAAGUACAAAAUGAGUAUCCUUCCAUUUUAAACACAUUGUAAACAAACCCUUUGUAGACACUGGAGUUCUGUAAAAUAGUAAUUACUGGCAAUGAUGAUGACGAUGAUGAUAAUAAUAAUGGCUGUCUGUUCUUCUUGUUUUAUAAAAGUGUUGUGAAAAUUGUAAGAAACUUAAAGUAUUUAAAAAAGGUUGUUCUCUUGUUUUUUUUAUUUGCUUUGAUUUUGUUAUGAUAAUAUAUUAUUGUGUACCUAUUGUAAAUAUGAAGCACACCUAUUUUGCAAGCCAAGGAUUCACUUUGUACUGUUGUUAUAUAUAAAUAAACUUUGCUGGUUAAAAAUUG